AUGGCUCGACACCAGGCAGCAAGCGGAGGACUGUCUCUGGUGCGUGAGGGAACGGAGAAGGCACCGCGGAUCGGGGCUGCUUUCGGCACCACGCUCUCAGUCAUCUGCUCCUUCCCCGACUGCGACGCCACCUUCGCCAAGGCCUGGCGGCUGGACGCGCACCUCUGCCGGCACACGGGCGAGGUGAGCGGGGCCGGGCGGCGCUGGCGGCCCGAGGGAGCGGCUGCCCCCGAGGGGUUCCCGCUUGCGUCUGCCCGUCAGCAGAGACCGUAUGUUUGCGAUUACGAAGGCUGCGGUAAACGUUUCACGAGAGAUUUCCACCGCGCUCGACACCUUCUUACGCACACGGGGGAAAAGCCGUUCGAGUGCACAGCUGAUGGAUGCAAUCAGAAAUUUGGAACAAAAUCAAACUUAAAGAAGCAUACUGAGCGCAAGCAUCAAUAUCGGCAAAAGCAAUAUGUGUGCAACUUUGAAGGCUGUAACGAGUCAUUCAGGAAACAUCAACAACUUAAAGUUCAUCAGUGUCACCACACCAAUGAACCUCCCUUCAAAUGUAAUAACGAAGGAUGUGGAAAGUACUUUUCUACUCCAAGCCGACUGAAACGUCAUGAGAAGAUACAUGAAGGCUAUGCAUGCAAGAAAGAAAACUGCUCAUAUACUGGCAAAACUUGGACAGAGCUUCAGAAACAUAAGAAAGAAAGUCAUCCAGAGCCAAUAGUUUGCAGUGAGUGUUACAAAACUUUUAAACGGAAAGAUUACCUCAAGCAGCAUCAAAAAACACAUGCUGUGGAGAGGGAAGUCUGCCGAUGCCCGAGAGAAGGAUGUGGGAGAACUUACACAACUGUAUUUAACCUUCAAAGCCAUAUCCUCUCUUUUCAUGAGGAGAAAAAACUAUUCUCUUGUGAUUACCCAGGCUGUGGAAAAGCGUUUGCAAUGAAGCAGAGCCUAGCAAGGCACACAGUCGUACAUGACCCUGAGAAGAGGAAGCUGAACUUGAAGGCAAAGCGUUCUCGUCCUAAGAGGAGCUUAGCCUCUCGUCUGAGCGGCUACAUUCCUCCUAAAAUGCAGCCAGGAAAGGAUGUGGUUGUGACAGAAAGCAAGGCAAUGGAUAAGCCCACGGAAAAUGGAAUACCAAAUUCUGACUCUGUAGUGGAAGUUAACGGAGACAACAUUCUUCAUGGAAUGACCAAUACAAAGCUCAACAAUAGCUUUAUUUUUUUUUAAUAAUAAUUUAAUACUGUUUACACCUCUUCAUAAAGUCAUGGAUGCAACUCA